GGGGACACAUAGAAUCACCGAUAGUGUAUCAAUCGUUUCGAUACGAAAUCGGCGAUACACGAUGUAGGAGUAUGCACGGAUAAAAUAUUUUUCCGUCUCUUGCUCGUGUAAACCGAAAUUGUGCCGCGUUUUCCACUUGAGCAUUUUUUUCUUUGACUCUCCAACCGGAAAUAAAUUUGCGGAUUUUGCGUUCGAUCGCGCGUUCCUUUCGUCAGUUUGAAACACUUGAUAUUGCGGAUAAGACAAGUGGUACCUUACGAUUUUGAAAGGCUUUCAAUAUAUUGUCUAAAAAAUUUAGGUAUUUUUUUUUUUUUUAUAUAAUGACAGUGACAAUCAGACAAUUAUUACAACGUGAUGACAAGUGACUGUUGUAUGUGAUUGAGAUAGUCCAGUGAGUGCUUUUAUGUUUGUGGAACUAAGACACGAGAUCUUCAAUAUCUUUAUCAUUGACCAAAAAGACGUAAAACAGUUUGAGAACAGUGGAAACGUUGCUUGGAUUAAAGUUACGUUCUCAAGGUAUUGGCAAAGUGACGGUUAUUUGAUGGAUUUUGAAAAUCGGAUUGUGCAGUUACACAGAUGAGUAUAUGGUAAUUAUAUGACUAAUGAAAUCACCAAAGAAGUGCGAACUAACAAUAAGAAAGUCAUACCAAAGUGCGCAAAAUUGAUGAACAAUUGUGUUCCAGAUGUGUAUAAUAAAUAAGACGGGAAGCACGUUGUAAGAAAAAAAUAAAUAUUAAAAAUGUUCUUAAAAUUGGGAAAACUUGUGUAAUGCGUCGUGUAACAGCCUCGUGCGAUCAUUCUUAAUUAUUUAGGGACGCGAGUUACAAAUUAUAGUGAUAAACAUUUUUUUUAAUCAAUCAAAGUGUACUCGUUCCAUUGUGUUCUUGUUUAUUCGCAGAACAAACAGUGAAAGAUUCGCUGAAGGAAAAGGAAUAGAGAAGAAAGAAAAUACGAGGAUAAACGUCGACGCUGGUUUUUCUACUGGUGCUACGAUCGUAAUGGCUGCUUUUAUUUAUGGAUACCAGCAGUAGUUAAUAUACUGCUUGAUACUGGUGCAAUAUUCGCCGUGGAUUGUGACCCUCUCGUGUCAAAGGCUUACCCCCAUGGGGGGUACCCGGUACCCCAGCGUACUGUUCCUGUGGUUGGUCCUGAUUUAUCCCACUUCGGUGGAACUGUCUUGUCGCGAGUCCAAGUUACAUGCGGACUGUGGUUCUUUGUGCAACAAAAACAAACGCGGUGUUGUGUCCUGCGAGUUGCGCGCUGCUGUGAUAUUACCAGCUGAUCCUAGAUUUGAAAUCGCCUUGCCAAAAGUUCGACCCGUCCUUGAUCUGGCAGAGUACGAGGUACGUUCCAGAGGUCUGCUCCCUUCCUGGAUGAACUUGACUUUUUUACUACAGGAUGAUCAAUGCGACGCGACUUUCGCACAGAUUGGUGCUUUUGACAGUUAUGCCGAAUGCGUGCAUUUGUUUUUGGGACCAGCUUGCGAAUAUUGCGUUGCUGCUGUCGGUAGGGUGACGAAGUUCCUUGGCCCUCCGCUAAUAACAACGGGCGGCUUCACCUUCGACUUCACCAAAAAGAAACGGGAAUGCUCCGACGAAUAUUUUAUGACAACACGAGUCGGCAGUUUGUCCUUUAGAGACAUUUCUUACUUCGUCCUCUCGAUUAUGAACGAGUACAAAUGGACCAGGCUACACCUUUUGUACUCCAAGAACGGGCAGGCGCAAGUAGCUGGCAGACACACCUGCCAAUUGAUGAUGAAGACGCUGGUGGAAUUUGUGCGUGAGCAACAGAAUUUGACAUUUAGCACAUUCGACUUGGAAACGACAGCCACUAAGGAUUUUCCUGAAGCGUUGAAGGAUCGCGUGGGGAAUUCAUAUGGGAUUGUCGUCAUGUGCGCCAACUCCACGACCAUACGAGAGAUCCUAUUGGCUGCUGAGGAAUUGGGAAUGGUGGAUUCUGGGGAAUAUGUCUUUUUCUCCAUCGAACUGUCGUCAAGCGACAACAACACCGAGGAGCCGUGGCGGGUGGAGGGGGAUACCGAUGAGAGAAAUGAAAAGGCCCGGAAAGCUUAUCAGGCACUUCUCACCGUGACGGCCAGGACUCCGGACAACGUGGAGUAUUUGAAUUUUUCACGGGAGGUCAAGUCAUUGGCGCAGAGUCGUUACAAUUUCACAUUUGGAAACAGUUCCGUCUCUACGUUCGUAACUGCUUUCUACGACGCUGUGCUGCUUUACGCUUUGGCCCUCAAGGAGAGUCUUCCCGAUAGACCCGGCGAGAUCAACUUGAACGGCGGAAACCUCACGAGACGUAUGUGGGGAAGAAGUUUCAAAGGUAUAACGGGUGACGUGAAUAUCGACGAAAAUGGCGACAGGAUCGCUGAUUAUUCCUUGUUGGACAUGAAUCCUGCUACUUCGAAGUUUGAGAUCGUCGCCAAUUACUACGGGGCGAAUCAGACCCUGGAAUACGUAUCUGGUCGAAGAAUUCAUUGGUCUGGCGGAAGAUUGGAACCACCCCCUGACACCCCUGCUUGCGGUUUCGACGGCUCUCUGUGUCCAGAUAAUUCUUUACCAGGAUACGCGAUCUUGUCGAUCGUACUCAGUUCCAUCGUGGUAGGAUUGGUGGUAGCGUCUGUCUUCAUAUAUCGGCACUUCAAACUCGAGGCUGAAAUUGCGUCGAUGACGUGGAAGGUGCACUGGGAUGACGUGAUCGUGAUGCCUCACGGAAAGACACGUGGAUCAAUGUACUCACUGCCUGCCAAUAAGCUGCGCGGAAGCCAACUGACAAUGUACUCCGAGGAUAACAUCAGUAUGGCUGGUGGAGUCGAUAGACAGAUAUACGUACCUACUGGUAUCUAUAAGAAUUCAAAAGUGGCAAUCAAGUUUAUUCCCAGGAGCAAGGUUGAGAUAUCCAGACCACUUUUACUGGAGUUGAAGAAGAUGAAGGACCUCCAACACGACCACCUCGUAAGGUUUUAUGGUGCUUGCGUCGAGCCACCACAUUGCUGUCUCCUUACGGAGUACUGUCCUAAAGGAUCUCUUCAGGACAUUUUGGAGAACGAUCAGAUAAAGCUGGAUCGUGUAUUUCGAGGGUCCUUGAUACACGAUAUAGUCAGAGGGAUGGCGUAUCUGCACGGAUCGGAAAUACGAAGUCAUGGAAAUUUGAAGUCCUCAAAUUGCGUAGUGGAUUCGCGAUUCGUCUUGAAAAUAGCAGAUUUUGGUUUACACGAGUUGAGAAGACCAAGUUUGGCGGAUCAGGAAGAGGACAGAGAUAGUUACGCAUACUGGAGAAGGCAGCUGUGGACUUCGCCGGAACUGCUGAGAAUGGAACGUCCGCCGCCGGAAGGAACGCAGAAGGGUGACGUGUACAGCUUCGCCGUGAUCGUCCAUGAAAUAGUAGUACGGCAGGGUCCGUUUUACAUGGGCGACGACAAGGACCUCUCCCCCAAAGAAAUCGUCGAGGGUGUCAAACGUGGCGGCGGAUCUCCAUUGCGACCGUUGAUCGACGAGGCAUACGUGGAGGAGGAGGUCGCCACCCUGAUGAAACGAUGCUGGGCACAGGACGCUGCCGACAGGCCCGAUUUCCCAGCUCUCAAGCAGACCAUCCGAAAAAUCAACAAAGACUACGAGAGCAGCAAUAUCCUAGACAAUCUGCUCUCCCGUAUGGAGCAGUACGCGAAUAACUUGGAGACCCUCGUCGAGGAGCGUACUGCUGAUUACCUGGAGGAGAAGCGCAAGUGCGAGGAGUUACUUUACCAACUGUUACCGAAAUCCGUCGCUUUGCAACUGAUUCUUGGACAGAGCGUCAUCGCCGAGACUUACGACCAGGUGACGAUUUACUUCAGCGACAUCGUUGGAUUUACCAGUUUAUCAGCAGAAAGCACUCCGCUGCAAGUGGUCGAUCUGCUGAACGAUCUUUACACGUGCUUCGACUCCAUUAUCGAGAACUUCGACGUCUACAAGGUCGAAACGAUAGGCGAUGCUUACAUGGUGGUUUCUGGACUACCCGUUAGAAAUGGAAUGAAUCACGCCAGAGAAAUUGCUCGAAUGAGUUUGGCCCUUAGGGACACCGUGAUGACCUUUCGCAUCCGUCAUCGACCCAAUGAACAAUUGAAAUUACGUAUAGGGAUGCACAGCGGACCAUGUGUAGCUGGCGUUGUCGGCCUCAAAAUGCCACGCUAUUGUCUCUUUGGAGACACUGUGAACACGGCAUCAAGAAUGGAGAGUAAUGGCCAAGCUCUCAAGAUACACGUCAGUCCGAAAACGAAGGAGAUUCUGGACACGUUCGGAACAUUCGAUUUAGUCUGCAGAGGCGAAGUAACGAUGAAGGGUAAAGGAGCAAUGACAACGUACUGGCUGCAAGGUGAGAAACCAACCAACAACAAUGUACAACAAGUUCGUGCAACACCAACAAUAAAUCAGACCCCAGUGAUAUCAAGUCAGCGCUCAAGUCCAGUUCAGAGCCAAAAUCAAGUUCAACCACAGAAUCAAGUUCAGCAUCAAAUCUUGUGUCAGCAGCAAGGUCAGAAUCAGGUUCAGCAACAAGGUCAGAAUCAGCAGCAAGGUCAGCAGCACUGUGCACGAAGUGCCUUGACCAUAACCGGAAACGGCGCACCAGUAGGUCAUCCGAUAUCGACUUCGGUUUCACCCUCGCAUAGAAUAGCGAUGGGAGGCGGUUCAAUGAACACCGUCGUUCAUCAGGUUCAUCAUCAGGCCCAUCAGAUUCAUCAAUCCUCGACGGAACUACCGCUCGAAAAUGUACCUAAUCAUACCGAAAGUGGGCCGAACGCGCCACUCCUACUUCCGGCGGGUAAUGUUCCGCGCGUUUAGCUCUCUCCGAGUGAUAACUAGCUCUCUGUUGAACGUGAAGGUAAAUGCGAGAAAGAAAGUCCCAAUUUAUCUCCGCACACCAUUUCACAUUGUAUAGGACCCCGAGGUGCUGCCAUCUAGCGUAGACACGGCGAAACUUAUCAGAGCGGAGAUAACGGCCAUGCACGAAUAUGCGAACGUUCAAGGAGUUCAUUCCACAAGAUUGUAUUGUUCUAACGAUUAUAAGCGAUUGUGGCGGUGAACGUCUUGGACAUGAGAAUAUGAUCUCUUUGUACAAGGUAUUACGGAACCAAUGUUACCGCUAAUUAAGUGACCAAUCGACCCCUUAUCGACGGAUCUUCCGGAAACGAGCCGAAAGAUAUAGGAAGUAGCGAGGCACACGUGACUGCUGAUAAAUUUUAUCAAAAAACGAGAGCAUAAAUGAUCAAAUAUUCUUUGAUACUUCAGUUUUUAUUUUUUUAUAUAACAAAUCUAAUUUCCUUGAGGAAAUAUGCUUUUAUGCACGUGCGUUACAAUUUUCCAUAAAAUUCUAUCGAUUGUAAGGGUAGCUUUUUUUUAAUUAAAUAUUUGUUCAAAGUCAAAACUCAUAAUGGGAACAACUAAGAAGCUUUAAGCUACUUUAAUCACCGAUGCUUUGUCGGGGGCACUCUUAAUACAAAUUUUUCACCGUUUACCCGGGCAGUAACGGGAAUUCCCACGCGAGAUAAGUUUGCCGAAUUAGGCUUGACGACUGUAAUACAUAGAAUUUUACUCGCCAUUUUACAACAUAGCAUUUGCUGGGAUUAGUGAAAUUUUCGGAAUUGCUUUCGACCCGGAAUUCAACAAUUCCCCCAGGGCAAUUAUUGUCAGUGUCUACAACUACCCGCAAGAAUGAACUUUAGGAAAUAAUUCUGACUUGUAAAUUACCACAAAGUGAUUAUUACAGACCGAGGAUGUCGUUUGGAUGAAAUUAAAUUUUAGAAAAACAAAAAUUUUAAGAAUUAUUAAAAGUAAUUACGAUACACUUCGACCUGGCACAAUUGACUAAUUGGGCCAAUAAUCACUGCAAGAUCAAAGAAAAAUAACCUCCUUGUUACAGCAGUGUGUGUCUCGUAAAAAAAAAAAAAGUAUUGGCUAUCAGUACUUGGAGGAGAGUACUUACGCAUAUGUGGCUCAUGCAUAGAGUAAAACGUGUAUGACGAUUGACGAAAGGAAGAGGCCAUGGCACAGUAUUAAAUUUCGCGUUCGUUUCCUCCCUUAGAAUUAUUUAUUUCGUUACCAACAAGCCAUUUCUUCUAUUCUUUAUUCUUCAGACCUUUUCAACCCUUAUAUUAUCUACACUUUUAACCUGCAACCUGCGUUCCUCCUUGCGGCAGUUUUUCUUACCGUGCGAGAAACCUUUAGGUGCGCCACCUAUGACUGUACAGUCGUUACAGUUACAUAUGACAUUACUAGCUUUAAGAGCUUCGAAGGACUUGUUCCAUUUUUUUUUUUGAAACUUUUUUUUCACUCUGAAAUAUUACAAGGUCCUUCGUAUGCAUGUCUUCAGGAUAUAUAUCGUACCUGCGCGUGCGUUUCCUUACGCGACUCGUUGAAGGUAUGCAAGGGUAGUAUAAGUAGUAUAUGUAUAUUAAACAUAUGAUUAUAAAUAUAUAUAUAUUGUAUAUGUA